GCUGCUUCUUCGCUUUUUGUUUUUCUUUUCUUCUCUGGGCUCCUCCACCCGCGCUUACACACAUCACCAAGUUGAUCCACGACCGUCUCGUCGCGCGUGUGUGUUGGUUUGAUCCUACUUGUUGAUUUAUUAUUAUUAUUAUUAUAUCAGCUGUACUUCUUCCCCUAUCGCGCGGUGUUCAUCUAAAAGCCUCUCCUCCUGCUUUUCCCGCUCCCUUCGCUAUUCGUAUUUCAUUCGUUUCUCUUUGCUGCUGCUCCGUCACACAACAUGUCCAGCCCGACCGGUGCCACCGCGGAGUCGCACGCCCUCUACGGCGCCGUUGUGGUGCGGCUCGUUGACCGGGUGAUGCUCAGCAAAGCGCCCGGUGUCCCCACCGACGGCUUCGCUAUUCCCGGCACCGCCUGGGCGGACCUCGUCAGCCGCUGCAGCGCACCGCACUUCCGCACCUCCGCCUUUUUAAACGUGAUCGCCGACCGCGAUCCGACGGAGGAGGUGGCGCUGUCCUACCACAUAAUGACGGAUGACGCGCUGGGCUACGGCAUCAUCGGCGCGAAAGGUGUCAGCCGUCGCGAGGGCCACGCCGCGCUGGACGAGCUGGCCGCGUUAUUUAAGCGGAUGUUUGUCGAGCCGGCGGCGAAGCUAAACCCGAAGUUGGUGGACGUCUUUGCUCGUCCGGCGCGGGAUUUGCUGGUGAAGCAAGGCAGCAGCAGCGGCAGCGGCGGCGUGGCAGGAGACAGCAGCGAGAACAAAGUCAAGAAGGUGAAGCUGGCUGUGGAGGACGUGAAGAACAUGGCCCUCGAUAACGUUGAGCGGGUGAUCCAGCGGGGGCAGCGCAUUGAUGACAUCGUGCAGGCCACCGACGACUUGCAGUUCCAGGCAGAAGGGUUUCAGCGCAACAGCCGCGACCUGCGUAAUCAAAUGUGGUGGAGCUCGAUGCAGGGGAGGUUGAUGAUCUGCGGCGUCGCUGCGUUUAUGCUCCUCCUCAUCUACUUCACCUUCUUUAUGGGUGGGAAGAGCUCCCCAACGACCACCACAGCAGCACCGGCACCGCCAGGAUUUUGA